AUGUUCUGCCGCCAAGUUGGCCGCGUCGUUGCCAGAACUGCUUCGGCAGUGGCUCAACGGAGAGCUGUCUCCUCGUCUGUGCCCCAGAUGGUCAAACUGAUGGCUCCGUCCGUCAAUUACAUUCAGACUAGGUAUUCGGCGAGGGAUUUCAUCUGAAAAUCGGCUAAAUUUGUUUCAGGGGAAGCAAAAUCGAAGUUUUCGGACCUUUCGACCCGCCAAAGCAGCUCACUUUCAAGCAGGUGCGCACAUCGUUAAAUUCCGUUUUUCCUGGAAUUUUUGGGUGACUACUCUAGUAUUUUCGUGAUUUUCAGGUGGAAGAACGUGUUCUGAAGGCUGUGCGCUCGUGGGACCGCUUCCCGGCCGACAAGGAGGCGCUUCUGAAGCUCGACGCCGAUUUGAGCAAAGAUUUCGGAUUCGACUCGUUGGAUCAGGUAAAAACGGUCAAAAUCGACAACAAAAUUGAGCUGAGUAGCAUUUCUGCCGAAAAAAAAACAAUGAAAAACCUAGAGGAUUAGUGAUUUCCCACGCUAAAAUUCACAUUUCCUGCCUAAACUGUACAAAAUGUUUUCCAGGUCGAAAUCGUGAUGGCGUUGGAGGACGAGUUCGGAUUCGAGAUUCCGCUCCAGGAUUCUGACAAGUUCAAGGUAUUUUUCACCGAAAUCCAACGUGAAAAAGCACAAUUUGUUUGCAGACGAUUCGCGACGCGUUCAAGUACAUUUGCGAGCGAGAGGACGUGUACGAGUAGACAAAUUGACAGGAUUUCCGGGAAAAAAAAAAGUUUUUCCCUCAUUUCUAUAACAUUUUUUGUAUUUUUCUCUAUGUGUAACUAAAAGUUUUGUCGUUUUAUACCCCCCGAUAGAUGUUGUUCCAUCCGAUAUAAAUUAGUUGUCCUCUCAUUUCUCGCCUCCGAAUAUUAUCCACUUCUACAUGGGCGGCGGUGCGCGAUGGAAACGCGCUCCACCGCACUUAUUUGAAAAUGCCAUUGGCAGCAGCGGCGAUCGGGUCAGGAGACCUCCCACAAAUCAUGUGUUUCGUCAAUAUAAUUUCUCUUUUUUUUCGCAUUUUCUCCUUUGAUUUUCGUAAUUUUGCGGAUUUUUGUUAUGCUUCAACACGAACAAAUAAUCAAUGUUUCAGUAUAAACUCAAACCGACAAGGCCAUAUUUUCCGGUGCAACAAGGCCAUAUUUUCCGGUGGUAUUUUAAAGAAAAGGUAAUUUUUCGAACGGAUUUUAUCCGAUUCUCAGUUGUAACCUUCGUUUUUCUCAACAGAUAAUCACAACAAAAAAAUGGUGAAUGCACGGAUUCUAGUCACCGAUUUUUGCCACGGAGUCAUCGAUUCGAUGACUGGAAUAGCGGUAAUUUCAGGUUUUUGCAACAACAAAAAACACCAAAAUGCCUCUUUGCAGUUCAUAAAACGCAUUCGAGAGGAGGAGGCGAGGGAAGUGAAGUGGGAGCCGCCGGCGCCACGCGAAAGGACGGUCCUGCAGAUUCGGCGGGAGAAGCAGGGCAUUUUCAGGAAGGCGCCCGAACCGCCGAAGAAGAAGACCAGCUCCCUCAAAAAGUGAGCGAUUUGCAUUUUGACUGAAACGGUUGGUCUCCGGUCUCCAGAACUGAAAAUAUGGGCGUGGCCUCGGCGGCCAAAUGGCGUUUUCAUGAAUUGAGCAGGUUUUCUUGGAUUUUUGUGGUCAACGGCGAUGAAAAAUGAUUGUUCGACAUGAAAACAUGAAAACACACUAAUUCUCAGAAUUAAUGAAGUUUUGGCGCAUUUUUCGGCGGACUUUGCUUUUUCGCCUUCUCAUUUUGCGCUUUCUUGACCGUUUUCCGACAGAAUUGGUUUUGAGAAUGAUAAAUCACGUAAAUACAAGCAUUUUGAGCGCUCGAACCGCGAAAACUACCGAAAAGCGACUGAAAUUCACGCAGUUUUAGCGAAAAACCUUCAAACGGAUAAAUGUGAUUUGCGACUUGACCAAAUUUGACGCUCUUGCGCUUAAAAAAUUCGUAAUAGCCUAUACAAUCGGUCUAUCGAGAGACAAAUGAGAAAUUAUCGAUUUUUCGUGGCUAAUCUGGCAAAAAACACAAAUUUUGCUGUUAAAAUUUGAAUUUCGCGCCAAUCUAUCGCUCUAUUGGGCGGGCAUUGUCAGCUCUGGAGACCGUGUAUAGCACAUAUCACGAUUCACUUUUGUGACGAGCACAGAAAAUCCUCCCCAACUUUUCCCGCUUUCAGAUUCGGCAUGAUCUGCGUGCUGAACCUGUCGCUGCUCGUGCUCUGGCAGUUUCUCAUCGUCUCGCUGGCCUUCGUGUUCGGCCUGUUCGAGCGCAAAGACUGGGGCGUCUUCAUCGGGCACUCACUGAUCGUGCCCAUCUUCGGCGCCUCGCGCAUCGUCCAGGCCCUCUGGUUCUCGGACAUUUCGGGCGCGUGCAUGCGCGCAAUCAACAUGCCGCCGCCGACGAACGUACCGCAUUUCAGGUACGGAUUGUUGUUGUGUUCAGAGAAAAAAAAAAUUGACCUUGCAGUAAUAUAAUCGCGGAAACGUUGAUCACGGCGAUCAACGCGCAGUUCUUCUUCGUGCAGGGCAUCCUCUCGCAGUACCUUCCGAUCCCACUCGUCGGGCCCGUCUUCCUGUUCGUUCACAUGGCUUUGUUGAAUUCCAUGUAUUGGUGAGUCGUCUCUGUCUCUCGAACCUUCGGAAACCUUCUUUAUAGCUUCGACUACUUCUUCGACGGCUUCAAUUUGACAUUUCUACGCCGCCGCGAAAUUAUCGAAUCCCACUGGCCCUAUUUUUUGGGAUUCGGCACGCCGCUCACCAUCGCCUGCUCGUUCACCUCGAGCAUGUUUUUGAACGGCGCCAUCUUCUCGCUGCUCUUUCCCUUCUUCAUCAUCAGCAGUUAUAAGGUGAGCGGAAACUCGGCGGCAACGGUUCUAAACGUAUUUCAGGGCAACUGGAACCGCAAGUACGAGGAGCGAAUCCCGCAAAUCGCGUUCUGCCGAAUCUCCUACAUGCUCACUCAGCUCGUCGGAAAAGGAGUCAAAAAUAUGACGCCAACGCAGCAAAAGUAUCAGCAACCGCAGAAGAAAUCGGAAUAA